AUGGUUUUCGCUGGGUUCAUCUUGCUUGCGGCCGCCGCCGCCGAAGUCAUCUCUAAGUCGGCCACCGACAUCCACCUUGAAGGCAUCAACUCGUUCUUGGUGAAGACCGGGUCCGACGACGAGUGGUAUGUCACCGCUAGGCCCACCAAGAUGUUGGACUGGGCCGUGCAACACUCGGUGAUCCCCGACGACGCUAAGGAAUUCUACUCGCUGAGAUACCUGGACUACUACAACCACUACCAUGGUACCGUCCCCACCGGGGUUGCUUUCGGCGCCAUCACUCAGGCUGAAGCCGAUGCCCUCGGGUCGUUGGCUCAACUGGCGACGCACUCGUUCCCCACCACCUACACUUACUCCGGCACCCUGAAGCUCAACGAUGCCGUUGGUGUGGCCGCCCCCGCCGUCGGGGCCGCUUUCGUCGCUGUCGGCGCCAUGUUGUUGUAA